AUGAACACACUGCUAGACAUAAUUCUAGUGAUCAAUCUGAGAUACAUAUUGACAGUGAUAGUGGCAGUUCAGUUGGCGCGCAGCAACCGAGGCAGCAGCGUCUACGAGAUGUAUCGCAUGGAGACGGUGGGAGCUCUCAUCAACGCAGUGUUCCUCAUCUCGCUCUGCUUCCUCAUCUUCCUCGAAGCGAUGAAGAGAUUCCUGCUGGAGGACGAGCACAUCGACAAUCCACAGCUCAUCCUCAUCGUCGGCAGCAUCGGCCUGUUCCUCAACAUCAUCGGACUCUUCCUGUUUCACGGUGGGAACAGCGUCGGGAGCGCCGCCGUCACCGUCGCCGACGGAAAGAGUCACAGCCACAGCCACGGGCACAGCCACGGGCAGGAGGGCGGUCACCUGAACAUGCAGGGGGUGUUUCUGCACGUGCUGGGCGACGCUCUAGGCUCCGUCUUCAUCAUCGUCUCAGCUCUCGUCAUCUGGAAAGUGCAGGGCCACUGGAGGUUCUAUAUAGACCCAGCUCUCAGUUUGCUGUUGAUCGCAAUUAUGCUCAGCACCGCAAUACCUCUAC